AUGACAAACAAUUCAAAAUAUUUUUUAAAUGUAACACAAGAUAACUUAAUCACAUCAAGUAACCGGUUAACACCGAAUUCAUGUAUAAUGUAUGAAUUAAGUUCCGCUAAUCGUAAUCUAUCAAUAAAUGAUAUACAACCAUUAAAACGACAUUUAUCUAGUCGUGUCAGAAUUUAUCAUUAUUGUGUCUUGCUUACCUCCAUUAUUGGAUUAAUUGGCAUAUGCAUUGCUUCAGUAAUAUUUUAUGUACAUACAGGUUUUUACUUAAAUCAAUCAAGAUAUCAAAUGAACAUUACUCAAUUAACACGGAGUGUUAAUGAAUUUUUCAAUUAUUCACAUUGGAUUUCAUUGUGUAUAUUCUGUUUUGGAUUAUUAUUAUUAUGUAUUAGUUUUGUAUUGUGUUAUUUUUAUAGUUCUGUAAUUAAUCAUUCUUCAAUUAUUAAACAAGAUUGUUCACGAUUACAUCAUAACAGCAGUAAUUCACAAGCACCUACAACCAAUAAUAAUGUUAGUACUUAUAGUAGUAAUCAAUGUUUUAUUUCACCGUCAACUAAUCAAACGUCAUACUGAAGUUGUUUUUGGAUUAUCCGGAGAUUAUUUCAAAUAAACACACACACACACAAUCCAUAUUCUUGAGUGUGCUCAUGGAAAUUAAAAUAUCAGGGAGUUUUAUUAUUUUUAUUUGGAU